AUGUCCACUGAAAAGAGUGAUGAAGUGAAAGUGAUGCUCCGUCGUCUCCCGAAAUAUAUGACGGAGAAGGAAGUGAUGGAACAGAUCAGUCCUCUACCAGAAGAAGUCAUCGGCACCUACUUUUAUCCGGCGAAUUUCGCAUUUGACCACGCCUCGUAUGCGUCGCUGGCUCUCGUCUUCUCGGAAUACUGUGACUCUCUGAUUGAUUUCGAGCGUCGUUUCGACGGAUACAUCUUCGUCGAUUCACGUGGAAAUGACUCGUCGGCUGUCGUCGAAGCGGCUGUCAAUCAGAAUUUCUCCAAGUGUGACAGAGGACGAAUGACUGAAGACACACGUGUUGGUGCCAUCCUAAACGAUAAGUAUUUUCUGGAAUUCUGUGAGAAAUUGAAUCUCGAAAAGGCGGUUCCAAUUAUGACACUCGAACAGCAGAUUCGCAAGUUGAAUCAACCGGAGGAUGCGAGAACUCAAAUCGAUCGUCUCGAGACGCCUCUUGUCAAAUAUUUCAUCGAUAAAGAGUACCGUCGACGCAGUGAUUACGACGUUCGAAGGGCGAAAAGAGAGCUGAAAAAAGCUGAAAAACACAAGAAUGUAAUGGAGUUUUUGAUGAAACCUGCAGCUGCUUCUGGAGCCCCAACGACGACGUCUUCAGGAGGCUCCAGAAGGCUUCAGAAGGCUUCAGAAGACGGUGGUGAGAAGGCGACGAAUCGAGUGAUGACGGAGAAGGAAAAAGAGAAAUUGGAGAAGAUUGAGGCGAGACGAAAGGAGAGAAAUGCGAUUCGAAAGCAAAAGUUUUUGGAGGAAAAGAAACGGAAAAUGGAGGAAACGUCGGAAGGAGGGAUUCAGAAUCCUCAAAAGAAGCUUCAGAAGCCCCCUGUCGAGAAGAUUCAGAAGGCGCCACGUCCGCCACGUGGUGAGAAGCCACCGAAGAAAUCGAUGAAACCGCCGCGUCCAUCGCCGGCGAAGACUGUCGGAGAGCAGCAAGGAGAGGAUUGGAUUAAGAAGUUGACGGAUCCAAAGGCGCCGAUUAAGAAGAAACAUGAUCUUCCAGUCACCACCGAACUGAAACCGUCCACCACCGACCAAUCAGCUCCGCCCCCACCACAACGACCACGAACAGCUCCAACCACUACUACUCGUCCACCACGUCAUCCGAAACCGCCAACACCAUCGAAACGUCCACAAACUGCUCCGAAAUAA